CGCAGUACACGUUUUCUGGCAGUGGUAAACAGACGUCAGAAGGGAGUCUUCGCCUCGAGUCAAAAAUAAACAAAAAAAGAUAUACGAUGAAUGAAUAUUUGGACAUCCAGAAUAGCCACAAGUCAAGCGAAACUAACGAAUGAAAGGGGGAGAAUUCCAAAGGAAGGUACUGAAGCCUUUUUUUCCGACUUUUGAAAGGAUUUUAAACUCCGAAAUAACUGGAGUUAGCCAGCAGCUAACUUUAAGUGGCUAUCACGCUAUUUAAAAAAACUACGUUUGGUGUGUGGAGUCGAACCGAGGUGGGAGAGCCUAAACUCCAAGAAACCGUGGAUUACGAACCGUGCUUUAAAUUGGCCACAAGACGCGGACUGAUCCAAUUUUAGGCACACUCUGAAGGUUUGUGCUCGCGCGAGCAUCGUGUGCUGCUGCGUGUCAAGAAACAUGGCAGAUGGUGACACGCGCUUGCCCGCAAUGUGGAGGAGCGUGAAAACUUGAAUCAGAAAACCACGGACUUUCUGAUCAAUUUGUUUCUUCUAAUUUUGUUUUACAGACCACCAUGAUCAAACUGUUCAGUAAGGUUUUGCGCUCAACAUUUUAUUUUUGUCAGUCGACUAAAAUUACUUAGUACUGUAGCCAAAGAAGCGACAGCCAGCAUAACAUUACUGGUUUGACAUCAGAAGUAAAAGUGUCAUUGCUUAGAUAAUCAAAUAUAGCAGAUUUAUUUUACUUGAAACAUUGACUAUUUUAUUGCAAGCUCCAUGAAUCCAGAUUUUGUGUUCUCUCUUAAGUAAUAUUGUUUCACGGGAGCAGUGACAGUUAGAUGUAUGUUGAAAUCAAAAAGUUGUUGUUUACUAAAUUGCUUUGAAUUUUGAUAUCAAUGUUCAAACUAAUAUUAUAUCAACUCCAGUAUUCUAUUGAAGCGGGAGGUUAUUUCUACGAACGAAGGAGCGAGGACAGCACGUUGUUUACAAGUGUAGACGGAGGCACCGCAAACCUAGUCGGCUCUUUUGUAACAGAGACCCACUGUCGUAAUCCUCAUUUGUGGGUUAUUUGAAAAGUAUAUGUGUUUGAGGGUAACUUUUAUGUUAUAAUGUUAAAGCUAAAAGCAAGACGCGAAAUAAGUCAGUUCAAUUUAUAGUGUUGUGAGAGCAAUACUUUUAUAGCUAACGUUACUUUUACCUUCAUAAACAUCGAAUAUAUUUACAUUUUCCACAACAAACUACCGAGACAAACGUUUAUAUAUAUAUAUAUAUAUAUAUAUUAAGUAUAUACCCCACAGUAACACGUUAUGUGGGCCAUAAAUUGCAUUGGUCUUUGAUUUCAAUCCAGAUGUUUUGGUGUGCAUUCCUCCCCGAGUUCUCUUUGUUCUUUUAUACAAACAAAGGAACCGUCAUCCCAGCCCUCCUCUGCUCCAUGUAAAUCGGAAGGUUUAUGAUAGUUACUAUUAAAGGGAUUAUUUGGGUCCCCUAAUCUCCAAUCUCAGGAUUAACACCGCUAUACUGGUGUAUCCAGAUUAUUGUUUCUCUCUUCUACUAGUCCCUUUAAUAAGAGAAUGGAACAUAGCGUUUUUGUGUAGAUAGUUGAGGUUUAUAUAGAACUUUUGGUUAUACAAUAUUGGUUAGACAGUAUAGUCUAAUUUUGAACAUAGACCCCUUCUUAGAUAAGAAUAGGCCUACAUUUUGGUGUGCCUAUUACAAAUACAUGUCCCCAGAUUACAUUUGAGUCAUUUAGCGGAUGCACUUAUCCAGAGCGGUUUAGAGGAGCAACUAGGGUCAAGUGCCUUGCUCAAGGGCACAUCAACAGAUUGUUCACAUAGUCGUCUCAGGGAUUCAUGCCUUCAGUUACUUGCCUAACGCUCUUCACCACUAGGCUACCUGCGACCCUACAAAAAUACAAUAUUGUUAUUUUGAUUUUAAAAAACAUUUUGUUUCAAUAUCUGUCUCACUAUUAUUUACCUUGACAAUUUAUUUUAUGUAUCAUCUCUUAGUUGUCUACAUUUAGGAUAGUUGUAGCAAACAAAACUUUUACAAUGGAGGGUUCGACGGUACCUAAGAUUGACCCAGAUUUUGAGCCGCAAAGCAGACCUAGGUCGUGCACAUGGCCGCUCCCCAGACCCGACAUCUCAGCUGUCAAACCGGAGGGGGCGGAUGGCCCUGAAUCUUCUGCGGGAACCCCGCCCGCCGACGACGAUAAGCAGGAGCAACAGCAAAUCAUAUCCGAGCCUGAGAAAGUUGUGGUAACAGAGGGAGGAGUCGUAGCCGGAGUAGGUGGAGCCACACCCCGAAAGGGAUCAUCCCGGCGCAAUGCAUGGGGGAACCAGUCUUACGCGGACCUGAUUAGUCAGGCUAUUGAGAACUCUCCAGAGAAGCGCUUAACGUUGGCACAGAUAUAUGACUGGAUGGUGAAAACUGUGCCUUACUUCAAAGAUAAAGGAGAUAGCAACAGCUCAGCAGGGUGGAAGAAUUCAAUUCGCCACAACUUAUCACUCCACAACAAGUUCCUGAGAGUUCACAAUGAGUCCACAGGCAAGAGUUCUUGGUGGAUGCUCAACCCAGAGGGGGGCAAGACUGGGAAAGCCCCCCGUCGCCGUGCUGCCUCCAUGGACAACAGCAGCAAACUGCUGAAAAGCCGGAUGCGAGCCAAGCAGACCAAGAAGGCAGCAGCAGGCCUGGGCGGGACCACUGGGGGAGAUGGCGACGGGGGCGCAGACAGUCCCAACUCCUCCCAGCAGUUCCCCAAAUGGGGGGUAAACAGCGGCAGCCCCUCAUCUCGUGGUAGCCUAGACGAACCUGACAUGUGGACCAGCUUCCGUCCACGCACCAGCUCCAACGCCAGCACCCUGAGUGGCCGGCUGUCCCCCAUCGGCCCCGGGCAGGAGGAUGAGGAUGACCUGCCUGAGGAAGGUCUACUGGGCUACUCCACGGGCAACCUGCCCCCCACCCUCACUGAGACACUAAUGGAGGAGCUGGACCUGAUCGAUGGCCUGACACUGAUGACCGAGCAGCAGGGAGGGGCUAGUCCCAGCACAGCCCCACCGGCUCCCCCCACCCCUCUGCCCUCUGCCUCAACACUGCUUCCCCGGGGCUCCGGGUUCCCCUCCUUCCGCCAGCUACAGCCAUCCAACAUCUCCCAGGCCCCCAACCAGACUGGGGGACAGUCCUCAGGCACACAAUGUGGCAACAAUAACAACUCCAAACCAUUAAACUAUGGUAACUCUCUCUUUAACCCCAUGCCCAGCCCUGGCUCCCGUGGGACUGGUCUCUAUGGCACUCAUGUUCCCUCCAGCUUGGAGGCGUUGCUCACCUCGGACUCCCCGCCUCCCAGUGAUUUCAUGAUGACCCAGGUGGACCCCCUUAUGCCCAGUCCUGGUGUAGUGGGGAUGAUGGGCAUGGGGGGGCCCAUGGUGGGAGGGCGGCCCAAACCAAACCAGCUGUUGCUGGGGAAGGGGCUUGAGUCAAACACUGUGGCAUCCAUGAGGAUGCAGUCCCAGCUCCAACAGCAGCACUCUCAACUGGGCCUGGGCAUGAUCCUGUCAGGCAUGGCCCAAGACUCUCCACAGCUCUCAGCCCUCAAAGCUCAGCAUGCACAGCUGCCAGGUUUGGGGCCUCACCACGGAGGGGGCCUAUCCAAUAUAGGAGGAGGUCUGCCAGGGAUGGGCCAGUUCGGAACGCCGAGCUCCUUCCUACCAAGUCAAGACCGCUUGCCCACCGACUUGGACAUUGAGAUGUUCACAGAGAACUUGGACUGUGACGUGGACUACAUCAUCAACAGUGACCUCAUGGAUGGAGAGGGCAUUGAUUUCAACUUUGACCCCAUAGGUGGGCAAAGCUACUCUGGCCCUGCAACUACGCAGAGCGCCGCCCACAACUGGGUACCCAGCUAACUUCUCAGCAACCUUGCAGUGUUAGCCAGGUAAGGAUCCCCAAUCACACACAAACUCAAUGACACCUACAACAAAGAACACACCUGGUGCAUUCAUUCCUAAUCCUCAUCUCCCUAUUGGCUGAAGAUCCAAUUCCGAAGCAAUUUUUUAAACCUUUGUGCUUGUACUUUUGAUGAAACCAGACCUCAGACAUCCAUGUCACGGGCCAUCCAUGUCCCUCCCCCUAGUAACAGUUGCAACUUUUGGGGACUUUGCCGUAUUUUUAUGAGUGUUUGAGAAAAGUAUGACAGAAUUUAUUUGGAGUGAAAAGAUGAAGCACAACUAACAACUCUUAAGUUAAUAUCACAAUGACUAUUAUUACUAUACCAAAGUAGUUUUAGGAUUGAUAUGGUACACUUCCUUGAUGUCUUUGAUAUUGAAGGUGAAAUGGACAGUGCACACAGGAAGAAAUUGCCAGUUUUCAUAUAAAUUGUAGGUGGUUAACUAUUACCGCCAACUUGGACAUGAAAUGACGCUGCUGCAUCUUUAUCUAUGGAGGGAUUGAAGUUCCAACACACUCCUCUGGACUUUCCUCAAUUCAAAUAUUGAGAAGAUGACACGAGCAAAGGCUGAUGAUGUUAAGUCAUUGGAUGAGACCAAGUAGAUAUAUGAUUUCACAUUGGACUCCGCAUGUUGACCGAACGUAGUCUAACAUUUGGUCGCUUGGUGGUACGAAACAUGUGCUUCUGUUUCUUUUUCAUUGACGAGACCGGAGCUGCAAAGUAACUAGGAGUUAUGUCCGUAGUCAUUUAACAGUACAGGGUAUGUGAUAUGCAUUUACCGCUUGGCAUUCAUGACUCCGCUCAGUGUGUGCUAAAGAGCAGGGUAGAAAACACUUUGGUGGAGUUUUUUAUUUUCCUGAUGUGCAGUUACACUAACAAUGUGAAGAAAAGUGAUUUGUGAGCUUUUUACAGGGGGCAUUCAAAGGUAAUUGUAUUUGCCAACAAAUUAUUUUGUUGACAAAGUGUUAUAUCAUUGAAAGCAGUUUUCCUCCACUGCUUUAAGGGCCGUUUGAAGGUUUUGCGGAACUGGGUUGUGUUUCAAGGCACUUGGGAGUAUUCUUGUCAUGUGGCUCCUGUACUCUAAUGGCAAAAUAAGAGACUAAACCAAGUUCGGUUGAAUCAUUUCAUCAAAGAAAAGAGGCAAGGUUGUAUACAUGCUAUGUAAAUAGACAUGUCAUGCUAUGCAGAUCAAUCAGGAGAAUUCAAAAGAAAUCUUGAAGGAAAUUGUUAAGAUCUUCUCUUGAAGGGUUUUGCAUUUAAUGUUUUCCUGCAAUGUUCUAUCCCUUAAAGUAAGGAAACUGGGACUUCACGUGGAAAUAUUUUCUCACUGAUAACUUUGUUAUACAUCUUUCUUUUCAUUAAAUUAAUACAACACGUGAGAAGUAAAAUAUUUGACUAGUUUAAUAUACAAUUUAGAUGGAGGUUAUAUGUGAAAUAUUAACCUAUAUGAAUAUAUUUCUAUUACUAAUCGGACGUUAUGGAGAAAAACAAUUUCAGAUCAUUUUGAACGGUCAUUUUCUAUAUAUUCCUUUAUUUUUUGUAAAAGAUGAGAUGCAUGUAGAUUUUAUACAUAAUCAAAAUAACACUAAGAAUUACAUGGCAGAUAGGGGGUGCUUGGGACAAAAAAACAUCUGAGUGUAGAUAAGCUUCGCAAGUGGAGCCAAAGAAAGAAAGAAUAAUAACUUGAUUUUCCAAAUUGACUUGCCACUUAGUUAAUUUGACUUGAUUAUUGUGAAAUUUAAAUCCAAGUAAAAACCUGCACAUGUUAUUUACACAAUGGAGGACAUUUUGCUUACAGCAGUGAUGCUGAAUUCACAUCUCAAAUGAUGCGGCGAUCAAAUCUCAGGGUCAUUCAAAAAUAAUAAUAAUGGAAACAUCUUCCUUAAGUGAGUAAUCAGAUAAUCAUCAGAAUUACAUUUAUUUUAGGUGAAUUUAUAUGUUAAAAUACAAGACUGGAAACCAACAGCCCCUCGUGUUUUGCCAUUUUCUUGAUCGCGAGGCAUCCUUGACACAAGGGUCUUUGAACCAUACCACUCUCAAUUUAACACUUAAAAAUAUAAAUUCUAAUUUUACUUUCUAAGAUGGAAAUAAACAAGAGAUCUUUAGUAAUGUAUAUCAUAACAAUAGUCUUGUUCGAGGUUGUUAAACUGCCAAUAUUGAACACUAUAGCAUGUUAUUCAAUAGCAAGAUGCACCAUGUCAUUUUUCAUGUUUUUUUCCUUUUGAAGAUGAGUUUUGUGUUAAGAGGAAGUUUGUAUUUAAAUACUUGAUCACGACAGAAGAAAAGGUAUCAUUUAUUGUAAAUGUGUUUUGUGUUGACCAGUUUUUCAUCUGAAAUGCAUCCUAGAUGGAGUUUGACAUCCAUUAUUGAUCAUUUCACUGUAACCAUGUGAAUACUUUAGCUUUUCAUUUGUAUAAAGCACUCUCUUUCACACAGAUUUUUCUAUUGACCGGUGCUAGUUGUCAUUUAUGACAUACCCUAAGAGGGCCAUAAUGCAAUGGGUGCAUAUUUCGAUUAUUUCAGGGCCUUGAAUCAUUUGUAUGCAGCACAAGGAUAUUUUGAGUGAGGUUGUGAUUAGUUAAAUCUGAAAUAUGUAACUUUUUGGGCAACCUGACAAAAUUGUCGUCAUUGUAAGCAAGUCUAAGAAGCGGUAGAUCUGUUCUAUGUGCACUAUUUCUAUGCUUCCCGUUUUUAAGUUUAAUUUUUGUCUUUUACUUUUGAUUUUAUACACCAUCUGAAAAUAUAAUUUUUGGUUAUGGAAAAUAUAUUUCACAGUGGUUUAGAUGGUACAAUAAUUCUCUACACUAUGCGUGAUUGUUUUGUCACAUAAACUGAAAUUAGGCAAGCUAUUAGAAUUUUAGUAACCAGGAAAUGGCGGAGCGAUUUCUGCAUAGUGCAUCUUUCAAGAAACAAACCUUUUAUUUUUCUGUAUUGUGAUCCCCAAACGUUGUCACUUACAAAUAGUUUUGAAAUUAAAGUGAAUACCAUGUAGUUUGAGGUAUUUUAGUAAUGAUGUAUGAAAUGUAAGCAAAAGGAAAUUAAUUUAAUGGUCCCAUUGAUGUACAACAAAUCAACUUGGUUGCUGUGAUGGAUUCCACAGGGUCAUACUAUUGUUACCAUUAUCGUCCGGGUCUUUGAGACAUGUCUUCUGCUUAUGCAUCUUAGGAUGGGUGUGUGUUUGAUAGGACUGUAAUGAAAGUGAAUGUGUCAGUGUUGGACAGUAAUGUAACUUGUGUGUUGGUGACUGUUUGUAAAAGCACAGGGUAUAGAGGACAUCCUUCUCAUAGACUUUAUUUGCUCGGUCAUGCCUUGAGUAAUCUGCUGGAGUUUCAGCCACUGUCACCUACAAUUUAUGGGCUUUUUACUUUGUAUCCCCUAGUCCCUGUAAUAUUUCCUCUCAAUAUGUUUCUUACAUUUCUUUAAUACUAAUUUUCUUAUAAUAAAAGUAGCAGUUAGUAAUUUUCUUAUUUUGAAAUAAAAAAUGGCCCCACUUUUUGAUAGUACAGCAUUUUAGUAUGUGGACAGGGUUGAGUAAGUAUUUUCUUUUUAAGGGGGGGGAAGGGGGUCAGGGGUUGAUAAGUUGUGCAUAGCCAAUAUGGGUUGAUUUACUUUGAUUAGUUUUGGUCUUAUCACUACAAGAGGACAUUUGAAUAAAAUGUUUUUAAAAAUCCCAUAUGUUGAUCACAAAUGAUUUAUCUCAUGAUCACUACAUAACAAAAGUUGUUUUGUCGAGAUCACGAGAUAAUCAAAAGUACCACACAUCAUCCAUUCCUUUGUUCAGAUGCACGAUAACCACCGUUGAGGAGCCCUGUGGCUGAAUUUAAGCCCUGAACGAUGUCUGACAGGCAGCACUUUCUCUCAGGCUGCGCACCACCCCAAGACCACACCCAAUCGCAUGCAAGGAACAACACGGCUAACUUGGCCAGUCUUGUGAGCUAGCUAAGUAGUCUUAUUAGCUAGCUAGCUUGUUAUCUAUGCAGGUUGUUAGCAUGCAUAACUGAUGUGUAUCAUUUUAAGGGACACAUUUACAGUGGGUGAGCUCCAUUCCUAACAGGUUGAUCAGAUGCAAUUUCAGCCUCAAAGGCUGAUAAGUCAGGAUGCUCCUUUGUAGGCUGAUUAGGCAGAUUAGCUGUCAAGGUGCUUUAUAGGCAAAUUAAUAUCUGAUCCAGGGGCUGAGCUCUAUUCCUGGCAGGCUGAUUAGAUUCAAUAGCAGCCUUAGAGGCUGAUAAAACAGGAUGUUGCCUUGUAGGCUGUUUCAAAGGAAGGCUCCUUGCAGACAGCCAACAAGGCAGCAUCCUGACUUAUCACUCUCUGAGGCUGCUAUUGAAUCUGAUCAAGCUCUGAGGCUGCUAUUGAAUCUGAUCAAGUUCUGAGGCUGAAAUUAAAUCUGAUCAGCCUGUCAGGAAUGGAGCUCACCCACUGUAAAUGUUUAUUAUCCAUAAAACAUGAAGUGUCCCUUUACAAUUAUACACAUCAGUUAUGCAAGCUAACAAUCAGCAUAGAUUAUUUAUAUUUUUUUACGAGCUAGCUAGCUCGCUCACAAUACUAGCAAAGUUAGCUGCGUUGUUGCUCGCAUCCGAUUGGCUGUGGUCUUGGGGUUGGCACAGCCUGGGAGACAGUGCUGCCUGUCAGGCAUCGUUCAGGGCUUAAAUGCCCGAAGAAAACCUAAAGGAAAAUUCCACCUAAAAACUAUAUUUUGGUAUUUGUUUCAUUAGUCCAUUGUGGACAUAGUCCAAAAUGUUUUGCCUGUCAGCAAUCGUUUUAAGCUAUGUAACUUUCAAAAUAGAGAAAUCAUUACAUUUUGCAUCAUACAGGAUUAUUUCUGUAUUUUGAAAGUUACAUCUUGAAAAUGUCAUUGCUGACAAGCAAAACAUUUUUGGGUGUAGUUUUCCUUUAAAACAUAUGCGCUGAUCCACGGUGGGCUCUGCCGCUUCAACCAUACUGUCAAUCAUCAAUAGGUCCACUCCUAUUUAUAGAGUUUCUCGUGAUCUCGACAAAACAACCUUUGUUAUGUCAUGAUCAUGAGAUAAAUAUGUUGUGAUCUCAACAUAACGAGGGGGGAAAAAAAUAAUGAUUGAUAUGUUUGCUCUCUGGACAUCCAUAUAUUUCUCUCCCAAUCGUACUUUACAUGUUGUAAAGUCGGCCAGAGAUAACGUUGAAUACGGUUCUGGAAAGUGGAAAUAAACUUUGUUUAACUCA